AUGUCUCUCGCCGAUUUUCCACUGUCACCAAAGGAUGCCUUGACUGAGCGCUAUCGAGGGCGCACUCUCCAUGAUGUUCCAGUGCCUGCCGCUGUCAUUGACGUGGCAAAGGUCAAGGCUAACUGCCAGGCCAUGCUUGAUGCCGUGAAGGAGCAUGGUCUUAGUUUUCGUGCCCAUGUCAAAACCCAUAAGACCACAGAGGCCACUCGAUUCCAAGUUGGCGAGCAUUCCCAUGACGUCCGCCUUGUUGUGUCGACCUUGAUCGAGAUCGAGCAGCUCGUUCCAUUGCUCCUGGACUACAAACAGCGCAAAGCAAAGAUCAAUGUGCUUUACGGUGUCCCGCUAGCACCAUCUCAUGUCGAACGGCUUGCCUCUAUUGCUCGCGAGUUGGGAGAAGGAUCAAUCACAGCAAUGAUCGACAAUGAAACUCAAUUAGAAUCACUGAGAGCUUUCAAAAGCCUUGCAGGCUUCCCAGCCUAUAUAUUUAUUAAAACUGAUUCAGGGUCACAUAGGGCUGGGCUUCAUCCUGCUUCGUCGGAAAUGCAAGACCUUGUGAAGCGAAUGAACCAAGCGGAACAGGAUGGACUGCUUUGUUUGCUAGGCUUCUAUUCCCACAACAGUCUUAGUUACGGCAGCUCAAAUCCCGACGACGCUAUGGACUGGCUGAAGACUGAAAUUGAUGCAUGCCGAGAAGCCUCGCAGCAUCUCAAGGACAAUCGCCAGUCACCAUUGCUUGUUUCUGUGGGAGCAUCCCCAACUGCACUCAGUCUACAGAACGUCCUACCUUCAAACCCCAGUUCCACCAGUUCUGCCAACGCUCUGAAAGACUCGUUGGACUUGACAAAAUCGAAUCUCGAAUUGGAGAUUCAUGCUGGUGUAUACCCCAUCUUCGACAUUCAGCAGGUAGCGGCAUCUAGCCGUCAUACAACUAAUGAUCCACACGACACGAUUGCGGCUUCUGUCAUCACUGAGGUCUGCUCACUGUAUCCAUCACGCACCGAGAACCCGGAAGCUCUGAUCUCCGCGGGCGUACUUGCCCUCGCCCGAGAGCCUUGUAAAGACUAUCGUGGAUGGGCCGUUGUCAGUCCUUGGAACAUGCCAGCAGACUAUGGGAUCCGCAAGGAAGAUCGCCUCAUCGUCACGCGUGUCAGUCAAGAGCACGGCAUAGUAGGUUAUGACGCUCAGGAUACCGCACGCCCUCUUCCUUUGCAAUAUGGACAAAAGCUUCGCUUAUGGCCGAACCAUGCUUGCAUCACGCUCGCCAUGUUCAGCUGGUAUCUUGUGGUCGAUUCUGACAGUGACAGUCCAGAUACAAUCACGGACGUUUGGGUCAGAUGGCGAGGCUGGUGA